CGGUCGAAUUCGGAAGUCUCGCGAACUAUACACUCCUCGUAAGGCUUCUCUCGCGAGAAUCGUCGCGUUCUCGUUGCGUCAACCACGAUAUCGUCAUCAUCGUCAUCGUCGUCGGUUGUGGUCGUGGUCGUCGUGGUCGUCGUUGUUGUGUUCAGUUCGGCGAAGAACCGGUCGUUUUACAGUGUUAGCUACGGCGUGAGAACGCGACUAAAUGACCAUGGACCACGGUAUGUGCAACAUCGGGACCGGCGACAGCAUAAAUAUCAAGAGGACGGACGGUCGCAUCCAUUCGGCAGUCGUCUCUGGCAUUAAUUGGGAACAGCGCACUGUCACCGUAGAAUGGUUCGAGAAAGGAGAGAGAGGUAGUAACGUGGAGAUCGACGCGAUCCUCGCCUUGAAUCCCGACCUCACGACUCCGAAAACCAUGGGACCACCACCUGUUCAGAUGAACAAUUGUCGCGACGGGUCGAUGCCCUCGAAACCAAGGCAUUCUACCAAGCCAUCGAUUCCAGUGAAAGCCGGCUCCAACAGACAAUUGCCGCGACAAGCGGGUCGACCGACCAACAUAAUGCCACCUGGCAGCACCGUGAAUGGCCACGGAGACACAGUGGCAACGAGCAGGCUCGAGCUCGAGAAUAUAACCACCAUACCCACUCCAACUACGACGCCCGCUUCCUUCAAUUUGACCGCCGCAGCACAGGCCAAACAGAAGCAGCAGCAGCAACAACUGAUGCAGCAGCAGCAGCAACAACAGCAGCAGACGCAGGUUGAAAACGGACGAGGUAGACGAUCGAACGUGGUGAAAGAGGUCGAGAGGCUGAAGAAGAACCGGGAGGAGAGGAGACAACGGCAGGCGGAGCUGAAAGAAGAGAAGGAAGCUCUGAUGAAUUUGGACCCGGGCAAUCCGAACUGGGAAUUUCUCGCUAUGAUAAGGGAAUAUCAAAACAGCAUAGACUUCAGGCCUCUGCGAGAAACGGACAUCGUGGAGGAUCAUCAGAUCACCGUAUGCGUGCGGAAACGUCCGUUGAACAAGAAAGAGGUGACGCGGAAAGAGGUGGACGUGAUCAGCGUGCCCAGCAAGGACCAGAUGGUGGUUCACGAGCCGAAGGCAAAAGUAGACCUAACCAAAUAUUUGGAGAACCAAAUUUUUCGAUUCGAUUACGCGUUCGACGAAACCUGCACCAACGAGAUCGUUUACAAGUACACCGCCAAGCCUCUCGUUCAGACUAUCUUCGAGGGUGGAAUGGCCACGUGUUUCGCUUACGGGCAAACGGGAAGCGGAAAAACUCACACCAUGGGCGGUGACUUUAACGGGAAAACGCAGGACUGCAAGAAAGGCAUAUACGCGAUGGUGGCCAAGGACGUAUUCAAGUGUCUCACGCUCUCCAAGUACCGUCCUUUGAAUCUAGUGAUUUCCGCCAGCUUCUUCGAAAUCUAUUCCGGCAAGGUGUUCGAUCUGUUGGCCAACAAAGAGAAGCUUCGAGUGUUGGAAGACGGCAAGCAACAGGUACAAAUAGUGGGAUUGACGGAGAAGGUGGUGGAGACUUGCGACGAGGUGCUGAAGCUGAUCCAGCACGGGAACAGUGCCAGGACCAGCGGACAGACCAGUGCCAACUCGAACUCAUCGCGAUCACACGCGGUCUUUCAGAUCAUAGCGCGGACGCCGGGCACGCACAAAGUUCACGGGAAAUUCUCUCUGAUCGAUCUUGCGGGUAACGAAAGAGGAGCGGACACGUCGUCCGCCAACAGACAAACUCGAAUGGAAGGAGCCGAGAUAAACAAGUCGUUGUUAGCGCUUAAAGAAUGCAUCCGUGCGUUGAGUCGCAAGGGUACGCAUUUACCGUUCAGAGCCAGCAAGCUGACGCAAGUGUUGAGGGACAGCUUCAUCGGCGAAAAAUCUAAAACUUGCAUGAUAGCAAUGAUCAGUCCGGGAAUGAGUUCCUGCGAGCACUCGCUCAACACCCUCAGAUACGCCGACAGGGUGAAAGAGCUAGCUGCGACCGAUCCGACGGAAGUGAAAGUUUCCCCAACCGACGACGAACGGGAAUUGAAGAUAGAAGAACAGCUGAACGACAGCGCGUUGUCGGACAGUGAUUUGGCCCAACUUCGAUCGCUGAACGAGGGCGAGAUUUCGCAGGACCUCUACACGUUCCACGAAGCAGUGUCGGCGCUACAAAUGCUGGAAGAGGAAGUUCUGGACACGCACAAAAUGGUCAUAGAGAAUACGACCAGAUUUCUGAGUGGCGCGCAAAGCGUAUUUACCGCGACCCACGAAGUAGACUAUGACCAAGAAGAUUCACGCGCUAAAGGUAAGGCAAACGCCGCUGGCUACCUGUUAAAACGGAACAUAGAAGAUGGCAGGACCACCUCGACGACGACGACGACGACGGCAACAUCAACGAGGAUACCCGAGCCAAUGCACGACCGUGUCCACAACGCUUUGGACGGUGACGCCUGGUCCGAUCUAAAUAGGAUCAUUGACGCGAGGACAAAGAGUUCGUUAAGGUCCCCUUGGAGAGACGAGAUGGAACGUUGUAAAAGCGACAGCAGUUCGUGCGAUACCGAUUGCGAGUCGUUGUCGAGCGUUGCUCGAACGGCGUUCCGCGUCACGGUAAACACCAGUUAUGCAAGGUCUUCGUCGUGUAUCGAGGAUCGCUCGGAAAACGAUCGCUGGACCUCGUUGAGUCGCUCGCAACCAUUUAAACGGUGCAGCGUUGGCAAAAAGAGAACGCAAAAGUACCACUGGUCCGGCACGUUCAACGACCGUGUGAAAAAAUACUCGUCCCUCCGUGACAAGAGGGGUCAAGUCGAAGCGUUUCACUCGUUCCGCGGGGCUGAUAACGAUCGCGAGCGCGUCGUUGAUCAGAACGAUUACAAUUACAACCUGGGAGCGUUCCAAGAGGAGAAGGCUGCGGUGAAGAGGAAACUGUUUUGCUACAAUAAAAUCAAUCUGUGCGACGAAAGUAGCGAGAAUAACGAAAAGGCGAAACGUAAAGACCACUUCAACAUACCGCAGGAGAAUUGGACUGCGGCUUGUGGAGAGCGAAACGGAACGAUCGAGGAGAAGUAUUUGGAAAGUGGAAAAAGAUUCCGCCGAAACGACGAAACACGCCCUUCCUUAUUCUCGUACACAUUCAAACUUUGCAACUUUUUACUCUCGUUUCUCAAAAACAUCGUUCUCUUUACGUUUCUACCCGGCCUCUACGUGGCCUUUUUCAUGUACGUAACGACAGCGCAACAGUGAUAAAUCUCUUUGGUUCACUGCCAUUCUUCGCA